ACACGACCUUAUCCCUUCCCUCCCGCUGGCCUCUUUCCCUCCCCUUCUGUCACUCUGCCUGGGUGUGCCCGGGGGCCUUGACUGGGCCCUUUCUUUCCUCAGGGAAGCCCUCAAGGUUGGGCUAGAUGCCCCCGCAACCCUCCCACCCACACCAUGUUCCCCUGAGCCUCUAGUCCUCCCUCCCAGGACACAUCAGGCUGGAUGGUAACAUCUCCCCACCCUUGAGUGGGACUGCCUUGUGCUGCUCUGGGACCCACACCCAGCUUGGACUGCCCGCUCCACAGGCCCCAGGAAAAGCUCGUACAGAUAAGUGACACCAAGCCCUGUGAACAAACCAGAAGGCAGAGCGCUGUGCACCCUGCCCGGCCCCACCACCCCCCUUGCCACCUGCUCUUGCUCCCAGGUAAGCGGUAACCUGCACAGGUGCACCGUGGGUUUUGGGAAAACUGGAUCUCCCUGCACCAGAAGGGGUGGAGGGGAGGGGGUGUCUGUGACUUCAUGAACAAGCAUGUGACCUUGGCUCCGGCUCCAUAAAUACCCGAGGCCCAGCGGGAGGGCCACCCAGAGGCUGAUGCACACCAUGGGGCGUCUGCAACUGGUUGUCUUGGGCCUCGCCUGCUGCUGGGCAGUGGCCAGUGCUGCGAAGCUGGGCCCCGUGUACACGGAAGGUGGGUUCGUGGAAGGCGUCAAUAAGAAGCUCGGCCUCCUGGGUGACUCUGUGGACAUCUUCAAGGGCAUCCCCUUCGCAGCUCCCACCAAGGCCCUGGAGAACCCCCAGCCACACCCCGGCUGGCAAGGGACCCUGAAGGCCAAGUCCUUCAGUAAGAGAUGCCUGCAGGCCACCAUCACCCAGGACAGCACCUACGGGGAUGAAGACUGCCUGUACCUCAACAUCUGGGUGCCCCAGGACAGGAAGCAAGUCUCCCGGGACCUGCCCGUUAUGAUCUGGAUCUAUGGAGGCGCCUUCCUCAUGGGGUCCGGCCACGGGGCCAACUUCCUCAGCAACUACUUGUAUGACGGCGAGGAGAUUGCCACACGCGGAAACGUCAUCGUGGUCACCUUCAACUACCGUGUCGGCCCCCUUGGGUUCCUCAGCACUGGGGACGCCAACCUGCCAGGUAACUAUGGCCUUCGGGAUCAGCACAUGGCCAUUGCUUGGGUGAAGAGGAAUAUCGCGGCCUUCGGGGGGGACCCCAACAACAUCACACUCUUUGGGGAGUCUGCUGGAGGUGCCAGCGUCUCUCUGCAGACCCUCUCCCCCUACAACAAGGGCCUCAUCCGGCGAGCCAUCAGCCAGAGCGGCGUGGCCCUGAGCCCCUGGGUCAUCCAGAAAAACCCACUCUUCUGGGCCAAAAAGGUGGCUGAGAAGGUGGGUUGCCCUGUGGACGAUACCGCCAGGAUGGCCAAGUGUCUGAAGGUUACUGACCCCCGAGCCCUGACGCUGGCCUAUAAGAUGCCGCUGGCAGGCAUGGAGUACCCCAUGCUGUACUAUCUGGGCUUCAUCCCUGUCAUUGAUGGAGACUUCAUCCCCGAUGACCCCAUCAACCUGUACGCCAAUGCCGCCGACAUCGACUAUAUAGCAGGCACCAACAACAUGGACGGCCACUUGUUCGCCAGCAUCGACAUGCCUGCCAUCAACAAGGACAACAAGGAAGUCACGGAGGAGGACUUCUACAAGCUGGUCAGUGGGCUCACAAUGACCAAGGGGCUCAGAGGUGCCAAGACUACCUUUGAUGUCUACACUGAGUCCUGGGCCCAGGACCCAUCCCAGGAGAACAAGAAGAAGACUGUGGUGGACUUUGAGACCGAUAUCCUCUUCCUGGUGCCCACCGAGAUUGCCCUGGCCCAGCACAGAGCCAACGCCAAGAGUGCCAAGACCUACAGCUACCUGUUUUCCCAUCCCUCUCGGAUGCCCACUUACGCCAAAUGGAUGGGGGCAGACCAUGCAGAUGACAUCCAGUACGUUUUCGGGAAGCCCUUCGCCACCCCCAACGGCUACCGGCCCCAAGACAGGACAGUCUCCAAGGCCAUGAUCGCCUACUGGACCAAUUUUGCCAAAACAGGGGACCCCAACACGGGCGACUCGGCUGUGCCCACACACUGGGAACCCUACACCUCGGAAAACGGCAGCUACCUGGAGAUCACCAAGAAGAUGGAUGGCAGCUCCCUGAAGCGGGGCCUGAGAACCAACUUCCUGCGCUACUGGACCCUCACCUAUGUGGCGCUGCCCACGGUGACCGACCAGGAGGCCACCCCCGUGCCCCCCACAGGUGACUCCGACGCCACUCCUGUGCCACCCACAGGUGACUCCGAGGCCACCCCCGUGCCCCCCACAGGUGACUCCGAGGCCACCCCCGUGCCCCCCACAGGUGACUCCGAGGCCACUCCUGUGCCGCCCACAGGUGACUCCGAGGCUGCCCCCGUGCCCCCAACGGGUGACUCUGAGGCCACUCCUGUGCCGCCCACAGGUGACUCCGAGGCUGCCCCUGUGCCCCCAACGGGUGACUCUGAGGCCACCCCCGUGCCCCCAACGGGGGACUCUGAGGCCACCCCUGUACACCCCUCGGGUGACUCCGAGGCCGCCCCUGUGCCCCCCACAGAUGACUCCAAGGGAGCUCAGAUGCCUGUAGUCAUUAGUUUCUAGCAUCCCAUGAGCCUUGGUCUUAAGAGGCCGCAAGGGUGGGACCCCAGGGGCUCCCCUCCCGUCUUAAGCUCUUCCUGAAUAAAACCUCAUUUCCCUGUC